GGUGCGGGUGCGGGGCUGUGCGUUGGACGUCGGACGGUUGGACGUCGCGAAGUAAGUUCAAGUGCGGCGAAACCGUUCAGCCCUACACGGUUUGAAAUUAUAAUGAUAGCAGAGUCUCAGCUUCAUAGGUCUCACGUUGUGGGGCUGCCAGCAAGGCUGAAUUAAGGAUAGCAGCUUGUGCUCGCAGCUCGUGCGCCCGCGAAGCCUCUGACAGGUGCAUAGGCGCUGAUAUUGGAGAAAUCUACCGCUCUGAUUGUUUUUUUGACCCUGCUUCAGCCUAUGCGAUGACAUCGGCCUUAAUUAUCGGCCGUCUUGUCUUUCGUGCGGCAAUGAAUCCGAUACUAUAUGUUUGAGCGAGAGAAAUAUGAUAAUUAUCCAAUUACUAUGGCUAUCAUGUUCCUUGGACUCGAGCCGGGAAUCGGAACUUCGUCGCUGGGGCCUCUUCUAUCUUGUGUACAACUGCUUUGUGUAACGGAUAGCUUAAAUACUGGCUGUGUGCAGUCGGCGGGGGCCAGGAACACCUGCUGGUGUCAGGAGAUGGCCAUCAAGCGGCUUGGGGGGCUGAAGGAGGGGCAGCGGCCCUGGUCGGUCAAAGUCUGCAACGACUGCUUGACGACCUGGAACCGCGACGUCUCCGCCGCCAACGUGAUCCGUGUGCUCCUCCUGCUGAAGCUGAUGGGCUUCGAGCGGCCGAUCAAGCUGCAGCGGCCGCCAUGGCCGCCGGCGGCGGCGGGGCCGGGCUGAGAGCCUGAACGGCGCUAGCAGGGCGUGGGGCUGAGGGUGCACGUGUUGAUUGGCGGCGAGUGACGUGACUAGUUUGUUAGCUGCGGGUUAGCACGGACUGUGCACCCCACCCAACCGGCCACGUCCGGAUUUGCGGGGAUGCCAAAGGCCCCCAACAUAGAGGCGUGUGCUUAGUAGGCGCCGCAGUGCUCGUAUCUUCCAUCUACACUGUAGAAAUCUGCCCAAAAUCCGCCGAAGGCGGAGAAAAAUUUUUGGGUUUGGGUGCCACGCAUCUACGCAGUGUAGACAGUUUUGGCCGGUUUUGGCGCAAAAAUGGGGGAAGCGUAGACGUUUUGGGGGGCUUGGGGGCUUAAGUGUAGAUGCCGCGGUCAGGGUCAUCUACGCAUGUGUAGAUGCCGGGUGCCUGAGGGCAUCUACAAGAUACGAGCACUGAGGCGCCGCGUCAAGGUGGCUGGGUUGAUAACGACCCGGGAUCAGCCCUUUUCCUGCCAUAAGGCAGCCACCUCCUUGUUUUA